AUGACGUUUCCAACUCCCUCUUGGGACACUCCAUUUGGUGUCAAGCUUUGGCCAAUCUUUAACGAGUUGGUUUCAAAGGCCACUGGUGACAGAUUUGUUCCAUCCAAAUUCCAGUUUGUAGAAGGCGAAUUACCGUUUUCGACAUUCCCACCAGUUGCAUUGGCAAUCACAACUUACUACAUUGUUAUUUUUGGUGGUAACUACAUCUUUAAAAAAUUUGGUAUCAAACCUUUUGUGCUAAACGGGUUGUUCCAAAUCCAUAACCUUUUUUUGACCACAUUGUCCUUGACCUUGUUGACAUUGAUGGUUGAACAAUUAGUGCCAAUGAUCUACCAUCAUGGCAUCUUUUACGCCAUUUGCUCAACAAAUGCAUGGACUCAGGAAUUGGUUUGUCUCUACUACUUGAACUACAUCACCAAAUUUCUCGAAUUUAUCGACACCGUUUUCCUCGUUGUUAAGCAAAAGAAAUUGACAUUCUUGCACACUUACCACCACGGCGCUACCGCAUUAUUGUGCUACACCCAAUUGAUUGGUGUUACCUCGAUUUCAUGGGUGCCAAUCUCAUUGAACUUGGGUGUACACGUUGUUAUGUACUGGUACUACUUCCUCGCUGCAAGAGGUAUUAGAGUUUGGUGGAAAGAAUGGGUCACACGUUUCCAAAUCAUCCAAUUUGUCUUGGACUUGGGCUUUGUCUACUUUGCUUCAUACCAAAAGAUUGUCUUUACUUACUUUGGUAAACACGCACACUUGUUGCCUGUUUGCGGCGACUGUGCUGGUACAAUGUUGGCAGCCUAUUCGGGAUGUGCCAUUUUGUCAUCCUACUUGGUCUUGUUCAUUGCAUUCUACAUCGAUGUAUACAGAAAAAGCCUGUCAAAGAAGGCAAAAAUUGUCAAGUCGGUCAAAGGCGGUGUUGCAGCUCAAGUCAAUGAGUAUGUGUAUGUAAGCGGCCGUAGUGCUACCCCAGUUCCUGCUCCAGAAGUUGGCGGUGCACGUCAAAGAAAGGCCUAG